AUGACGUGUGAUGAAGGACGACCUUGUCAAAGAUGCAUCAAGCGUGAUAUUGGUCAUCUCUGUCAUGACGAGCCCAAAUCUAAACUUGGCACGGACGCCGAUCACCAUUCCGAAAACCAUGCAACUCAGAGCCUUCAGCCUGAAAAUCAUAUGGGGCCAAGCGCCAAUAUAACUCAACUACCGCAAAAUACCGCCUUCAAUUUCGGACCACCAGAACCCAACGCAGCAUCAUGGCCGAUCUCAUUCCCUCCUGACCAGUCAAUGGGUAAUGAAUUCUCCGUACUAAGCGACUUUCUCGAGUCUUUAGGAGACCAGCCUUUUCUAAACAACAAUGGAGGGCCAAACAGUGCCAUAUCGUCUACGUUUUCCUCAGCGCAGACUCAAAUGUCUCAGUUCGCGGAGCCCCCAGCCCCUCCGCAGCCAGCGACUCCAAAUCGACCUCCAAGUCGAUCACGACAGCCAUCAGAACACGUCGAGGUGCUGACCGCCCCGACAAAGGCCGAGCAAUUCUUCCUUACUGCGGCUGAUCAAGAGGAUGGUACUCGUGAUGAGCGUCUCACGCGGGUGAUCCAUGCGAAAUAUGAGGCCGGACUGCUCAAACCCUUUAAUUAUGUUAAGGGUUACGCCCGGCUCUCUAGAUGGAUGGAUAAGAACGUUUCGUCGCAGUCAAAACAACUAAUUUUGCAACCGCUAUCGGUGCUUCGGCCCAAAUUCCGGGCUAUUGCACAAUCCCUGACAGAUAUUGAUUUGGUGUUCAUAGAAGAGGCCUUCGAGCGGCUGUUGCUCGAUUAUGAUCGGGUAUUCUCCGCAAUGGGUAUUCCUGCUUGCUUGUGGCGGAGGACGGGAGAAAUAUAUAAGGGAAACAAAGAGUUCGCGGAUCUAAUUGGAGUGGAUGUAACUCAGUUGCGAGAGGGCCGUCUCUGCAUCUAUGAACUCAUGACAGAAGAGUCCGCUGUAAAUUAUUGGGAGAAAUAUGGACAUGUGGCAUUUGACGCAGCACAAAAAGCGGUCCUGACAUCAUGUGUGCUUCGAUAUAAGCCGUUACCGGCCACUCUCAGGAAGAAGCUCCUCAAGCUACGCUCAAACUCAGGCCCGCCUGAAGAGGCUCUCAUAAGCUGCUGUUUUUCAUUUACUAUACAAAGGGAUUUGCAUGGGAUACCUACACUGAUUGCAGGUAUGUUUUGCCGUUCCGAAACUUCAUACAGCACUAAUGCCUCGCCCGUUCCUGUGCCGGCGCAGGACCGGUUCUUUGGAUGA